CAAUAACAAGAUUACAGUUCUUUAGUCGAAUAUAUAAACGACAAUUUCUACAAAGUUAUUAGUAACCAAGUACUACUUUAAAACACGAUGUUCAAAAUUGCCGCCUUGUUCAUUUUUGCUGCUGCAGCAACAGCUGAUCCAAUAAGAAAUUUUGAAAAUUUCGGUGGUAAAAAUGCGUCAAUUACAGAAUUUCCGUACCAAGUAAGCAUUCAACGUUUUGGCGAAAGUUACUGUGGAGGGGUAAUCAUUUCUGAAAAAAUGAUCUUGACAGCAGCGACCUGCGAAGCUGCAGUUGGACGAAAAAUUCGGGCAGGCAGUACUUUUGACAACGUAAAUGGCUCUCUGCACUCAAUAGUUGAAAUUAUUCGACAUGAACAAUUCGAAAUAGAUCAAUUCAAAAAUCAAGUUCCGGUUCAUAACAUCAUGUUACUAAAAGUAAAUGAACCAUUUAAAUUUGACGAAACUCGUCAACCAAUAUCACUUUCAGAACCCGAUUAUCAAGUAUCAGAAUACGAUGUAGGCUACCUGACAGCGUGGGGAAUAAUUAAGAAUGAAGAUGAUACUCCUCAUAGUUUGAAGAAAAUUCCGGUGUCAAUUAUUUCCGAUGAAAUCUGUAACGAAAGUUACUUUUCCUAUGGUGGAAUUCAGGAGAAUCAAUUUUGCGCGAGUUCACCAGAGACCAGAGGAGAAGAUUCUUGUUUCCAAUACUUAGGCAGUCCUUUAACUUUUAAUGGACAAGUUUUCGGAGUUUCAGCAUGGAAACAUGGUUGCGAAAAAUCAGAAAAUUAUCAAGUCUAUACUAAAAUUGCUCCUUAUUUAUCUUGGAUUGAAGAAAAAUUGCAACUUUAAUUUUCACGACGUAUUUUUGCUUAACUAAUUUACAUGAUUUGCUGAACUAAUAAAUAUUUCCAUUAUGUACUACUUUACUUUUAAUAAACAAAUUUGUUAUUAUAAGUAUUC